AUGAAGUUCUGUGCUGUGUUUCUGGCCGCCCUGGUCCUGGCCGUGCUGAGCCACGGUGGCUCGGCCGAGCAGGUGUCCUACCGCGACUACAAAGUGUACCAAAUUCAGGUGGACAGCAUUGAAAAGCAUACCAUUCUGAAGCGAUGGGAACGCGUGAGGGGUGUAGAUUUCUGGGACCGUGCCGGUUACCGUGUGAUGAUCCCCCCGAGGCUCCAGAAGGAUUUCGAGCGGUUCCUGAGCGCGAACAAGUUCACCUACCAGCUCACCAUCGAGGAUGUUGAGGCGACGAUUGAGGCGGAACGUGAGUACGAUCGGGAGUACCGCCGGCAGAAGGCUGCAUCCGGUCGGUCAACAGUAGAUUUCGAGCACUUUUGGACGAGUAAUGAGGUCAAUGCUUACUUGGACGAGUUGGCACGAGACUAUCCGAACUUGGUGCGUGUGGCUACGAUUGGCAACACUCACCUGGGGCGUCCAAUCAAAUCGAUUACAAUCUCGACCAACAACGGUGUGGCCGGAUCGAAGCCGUUGGUUUUCAUCGAUGGCGGUAUUCAUGCACGAGAAUGGGCUGCUGUGAUGUCGGUGGUGUACUUGAUUCACGAAUUGGUGGAACACUCGAGCUCUUACGCGGACCUGCUGAACAAAGACUGGAUCAUCAUUCCCGUCGCCAACCCAGAUGGUUACGAGUUUUCGCACACCGAUAACCGGAUGUGGCGCAAGAACCGAUUCCCGGCCACCAUCCUGUGCACUGGUAUCGAUUUGAACCGUAACUGGGAGUACAUGUGGGAAUUCUCGAGCAAUGCUUGUUCUGACUCGUACGCCGGUACGGCCGCCUUCUCGGAGUUGGAAACUCAAGCCCUGAGCCGGGUCAUGCAGCAGUACGCAUCGAGCAUGGUUCUGUAUCUCGCUGUUCACACGUACGGCGAUAUGAUCCUGUACCCGUAUGGAUACGCCUGGCCUUUCAUCCCGGUGACGAACCAAGCCGCUCACAUUGCCCUUGGAGAGCAGGCCCGCAGCGCGGUCACUGCCGUCGGUGGGCCACUGUACCAGGUCGGCAAUAGUGCCGAGAUCCUGUACACCGCAAAUGGUUGCAGCGAUGACUACGCUGCGGGAGUGAUUGGAUCCCGAUUCGCUUUCACGCUCGAGCUAACUGGAGGAGGAUCUACCGGAUUCGACCUUCCUGCUAGCCAGAUCAUGGCUGUUGCAUCUCAAACAUUCCAGAUCUUCCGCACGAUGGCCAACAACGCAUACGUUCAUGAUUUUGCGGCAACGGCUUCGCCGGCAUGCGAGUUAUACUGUGCGCUAACGGCUUCGGAUUUCCGCAGUUUAAGUUUGACCGUCGAUGAGCACAGAAUGAAGUUGCUUGCGGUGUUUGGUGGCUGCUUGGUGGCCUUGGCCUUUGCGAAAGCCGGUUCCUAUCACGAGUACGAGAUAUAUACAGUCCAUCCGGAAACGCAGGAUCAGCUUUCGCAGCUGCUUCAGUGGCGUUUGAAGGAGGAUGUAGACUUUUGGGACGCACCGAAACUCAAUCGACAGGCUCGUGUGAUGGUACCUCGGGCCGAACGCAAAGCCGUCACGGACUUUCUCGACCGACUUGACGUGGAGUACGAUCUGGUGGUGGAAGAUGUCCAAGAACUAUUGGACAAGGAGGACCGUCGGAAUGAGAACCAUCUGCGGCGCACCAGACGAGACUCUAACUCGAUGGCAACGAUCGAUUUUGAGCACUAUUGGACGUUGGAAGAAAUCUACGAUUAUCUGGCGGAGCUAGAGCUGGCGUACAGUGACUUGGUGCGCGUAUCAGAUGUGGGCACCACGCACGAGGGAAAUCUGAUCAAGGCCAUCACUAUCUCGAGGAACGGAGACGUCGAUCAAAGUCGCCCGAUUGUCUUCAUGGACGGAGGCAUCCACGCUAGAGAAUGGGCCGGUGUGAUGUCGGUAAUGUACAUGAUCCACGAGUUCGUCGAGCACUCGGACCAGUACGCGGCGGAGCUGGACAACACGGAUUACGUUAUCAUACCGGUGCUGAACCCGGAUGGCUACAGAUACACGCACGAGACAAACCGGCUGUGGCGUAAAAACCGUGUCCCGAACAACGUGCUCUGCUACGGUGUCGACCUGAACCGCAACUUCCCCUUCCAGUGGGACUGGACGACCAACGCGUGCUCGAACACGUUCGCCGGGACCGUGCAAUCCUCGCAAAAGGAGACCCAAGCCAUGAUGGCGCUGCUCGAUCAGUACAAGAGUGCCGUCCGUGUUUAUCUGGCGGUCCACACGUAUGGCGAGAUGAUCCUGUGGCCUUGGGGCUACGACUUUCUGCACGCACCGAACGGGGAAGAUUUACAGCGCCUCGGCGAGCAGGCACGCGAUGCUCUCGUCGCCGCCGGUGGACCAGAGUACGAAGUGGGCAAUUCGGCCGACGUGCUGUACACAGCUUCCGGGGCCUCGGAUGACUACGUGUACAGCGAGGGCGUCCCGUAUGCGUAUACGGUCGAGCUGACCGGCGGUGGGUUGGACGGGUUCGAUCUGCCGGUUACCGAGCUGUCGAAGGUGGCUGCCGAUACGUUCGUGUUGUUUAAAGUUUUUGGUCAGUACGCUGGCACUCUGACGGUGUCUUGAUACUCCUCAAGAACCGCCGAUCGCUUAUCAGUGCGUAAUGCGCUACUUGCGGUGAAUCGGUUAUAAACUGCACAAGCAAAUCCAUUGAGUAAUGCAAUAAAAAGGUGCAAUCGUUA